AUGAGCCACACCCAUUUAUGGAUUGUCAGCAUGUUUCUUUCUCUGCUGUUGCUCUCUUUGCUUGGAGCAGUGACUGAAGCUUCUUGGACGCAACAGUAUGGUGAUUGCAGCUCUACCAGUUACAUACCUUUCAAAGGGACCAUUGAUACUGAAUGGAGGUACCUCGGACCGCGAGCUUCUUUAGACAACAGCAAACCUCACAGCCCUUCAGUGUCUAUGACCAAUGGUAACAUUUACUUGGGUCUUCAGUCUCGACUACUUGCUAUAUCUUCAGAAGGAGCCGUUUUAAGGGAGUACGACGUACAGCAGAGAGAUGCAGAGUACUACCUGGAGACUAGUAAUGUUGUGUUCUCUGAGAAGCAUCAGACUGUUGUAGUGAUUGCUGCAGGUGAUACCAGUGAUCAUGAAGGAGGCCAAGAGCUAACCCGCAUAUCAGCAUUAGACCCAUCAUCAGGCAAGGUCUUGUGGUACAAAGGCGAUAUUAAACUGAUAGCGACUAACUGGCUAGUCCUGUCAGAAAAACAAGGCCUGAUCUAUGUCAUAGGUCUUAAGGGUUUCUCAGCAAUAGAUAUUAAAACUGGGUCUAUAGCUUGGACACAGCAAAUGCCAUGGUCUAAUUUGAUUUUGAUGUCGCCAAUAUUCGCAAGAGUAUCUGAUGAGUUGGAUCUGAUGCUUUUACCAGUAGUACCUGGAGUGAAUGAUGGUGUUUUGUAUGCUGUAAACACUGCCAAUGGAAAAUUACUAUGGAAACAGACUCUGGGAUUUAGCUAUGAUGGAAGCUUUGUGAUUUCACCCACUAAUGGAGUCAUAUACGGUUGCACGGGGCUCUUCUCUGAUGUUUCUCAUGGGAAGGAUAUCAUAAUAUUGAAUGCAAAAGAUGGAAAAAUUCUGUAUUCAGGAGCUGGACACUGCAGCGGUAAUGAUACACAGGUAAUGACUCCAUCAGUGGAUAAUGAAGGCAAUGGCUACUACAGCUGUGGUAAUCAGAUCUUUUCAGUUAAAUCUGGUGGAGAGCUUCGAUGGGUAUCUGCUUCAUAUGGGAGCGAGAGCCUUCCACCACACAUUCCAGUAUCCAUAAGACCCGAUGGGACAUUGUUCUAUGUCACCAUCAACCAGACAAGCAUACUAACCCUCUCUCAUUUGGAUGGGUCACUCAUCAAGUCCUAUACAGGUUCUCCUGGUGUUAUGAUAAGCCAGCCACCAAUUCUUUUAGGAGACCAAUACAUGUACAUUGUUGGUUUAGCCCAAGAAUCAACCGCUUACAUAUAUCCAAUGAAACAAUAAAUUAUAAUUAAAACAAAA